UUUAACAUAAUAAGAGGGCUCUGGACUAAGAAAAUCUAUUAUUAGAAUUGUUUUCUAUCUCAUUUAUUUUAUAUAUAAGUCAGUUGUUGACAAAUGUUAUAUAUUAUAAUUUAUUAACGUUUUAAUAGUAGAAAAUAAUCAAUAUGUCACAAGUCAAAGGUGGCGAAAAAAAUCGUGGAUAUCAUUCUAAUAAGAAAAUUAACUGUGGUGACAAGAAAAAAGAAAUUGUGGAAAAUACAAAUGAAAACAGUUUUGUUUUACAACAAUUUCGAGCAUAUGCAACUGAAUUAGAUGAUAAACAUGAUCGUUUUGAGAGAAUUGUAAAAACUGGAAGAGAUAUUACUAUAGAAAGUAAAAGAAUUAUUUUUCUUUUGCAUACCAUAGAUAAAAAAAGCAAACAAGAAAGUGUGUUAUGUGAAGCUGAUUUAAGAUUGCAAAAUGUUGCACAAAAUCAUUUCAAAGCUAUUUCACGAGAAUUAGAAAAUCAAGAUCCAUAUCUUUAUUUAAAAGCUUAUCGUAAUGGUUUAGAGGAAUAUAUAGAAGCUGUUACAUUUUACCAAUACUUAAGUAGUGGUAACAUGAAAAAUUGGUUAGAAUUAGGAAAAGCACUUACUUAUACAAAUUCUGAAAAAUCUAAAUCUAUACAGAUUUUAAUUACUCCAUUUGAAUAUAUCUUAGGCAUUUCUGAUUUGACUGGAGAGCUAAUGCGUCAAUGCAUUAAUAAUUUAGCAACAGGAGAUAGUGCUAGUUGUUAUGAAACAUGUAAUUUUGUUAGAAAUAUGUACAAAGGUUUUCUUGGUUGUGUUAGUAUAUCAAAUAAGGAAAUAAACAGAAAACUUUGUACUCUUAAACAAAGCCUUCAUAAAAUGGAGAAUGUUUGUUAUACAAUUAAAAUAAGAGGUUCAGAAAUACCAAAACACAUACUUGUAGAUGUAGCUACUGAAGAAUAUAUAGAAAGUGAUGAAGGAUAUCAGGUUUAUUAAAUUUUGUAACUAUUUUUGAAGUAUUUAUUUAUCAUUGUUUUUGUACAUUUCAGUCAUAAAAAAAUAAACUAAUUCUUAUAUGAUUAUACUUACUUAUCAAUUAUAAUAUUGUAAAAAUAAAAUAUUUCUAUAUUCUUUCAUCUUUCUUACACUACCACAUAUAUUUAUGUAGUUAUGUAAAAUAUGUGUUAUAUAAUGUUCCACAUGUACAACAUACUUUAUGUAAAAUUACAUAGAUAAAUUUAAAAAUAUCCAAACAUAUUAUAAUAAAAAAAUAUCUAUCUCUUAA